GACGUUCAGUUCACUUUUACUGAAAGAAAAUGCUGUAUUGAUUUGCCUUAUAUGUUCCACAUUAAGAAGGAGUGGCUUUCAGGAUUGCAGUGAGUGGUGUGAUGAAAAUAAAAACAGGAUAUUAGCAGAGAGACUAAAUAUCGGUCAUGAUGUGGCAUCUGGCAGAUACAAAAGCCUGGUGUGUGUGUCUCCACUUCCUUUUGUCUCGCAAGACUAAAUACUGUAGAACAUUUGUUGGACACCUUACAUUACUUCCUGAAUUGUACAUUUUGAAUCCUGAAUAUGGUGACCAACAUGUUGCUGCUAGUCCUGUUUGUUUCAGAUUUUCUCCCACAUCUUGUUGAAGGUUCUUGUUCCCAGUCCCUUAACAUCACCACCCCGAGGCAGAUGGAGGCACUGAGUGGAUCCUGUUUGCUGAUCCCGUGUAACUUCAGCGCUGGCCCAGAUGUGGGCUUCAACAACGCACGAGACAUCUUCGGAGUGUGGAUUAAAAAAGACCCCAAAUUUGGCCAAAAUAAAGAAAACUGGAUUUCCCGCAGUGAUGGGAAAAUCAACAGAUAUCCAAUGAGUAUUACAGGAAACCUGAGACAGGGAAACUGCACCACUCUGUUUUCUACUUUGGAAGAAAUUCACACAGACAAAUACUUCUUCAGGAUUGAGAACAGCCCAUUUAAGGCAACAGCUGCAUGUGAUCCUCUUCAAAUAACAGUGAAAGAUUCUCCUCCGAGCCCCACCAUUGCGAUCUCAGGUGAUCUGAAGGAGGAGGAGUCUGUCACUGUAACCUGCUCAGCUCCAGCUCCCUGUCCACACUCCCCUCCUAAACUCACCUGGACUCUCCAACAAGACCCUCCCAACACAAUGGAGCAAAACCCAAAUCGGACCUUCACGACUAAGAUCCAGAAGACCCUCACUCUGACAGACCAACAUGAUGGAUUCAACAUCACGUGCUCUGCCAGCUAUCCUGUGAAUGAAGGGAAAGAUGUGAAGACAGCAGAGGAGACAAUGACUCUCCAUGUUUCAUAUGCUCCUAAGGACACCUCCCUCAGUCCGCCCUCAGGUUCUGUGUCAGCGGGCAGCUGGGUGGAGCUGAGCUGCUCCAGCAGAGCCCAGCCUCCCGUCAGCAGCUUCACCUGGUUCAAGGAGAGCCAAGAUGGAGACAUGAAGGUCUCACAGGGAGAGAUUGACAGCUUUAAUGCCACAGAGGGAGGACGUUAUUACUGUGUGGCCACAAAUGCUCUUGGUGAAGAAACAUCACCAAAGAUCCAGCUGGCUAACGGAGGAACUGAUGGCUCUUCACCAUGGGGGGGAGUUGUUGGGGGGAUCAUUGGGAUCAUGAUACUCAUCUGUUUUGCUGUUGCUGUUUGGUGGUUGAAGUCCAAACAUACAACUCAAGAACAGUCACAGCAGGGGGAGCAGAUCAGGAGAGAACAUGAGACACAAAUCAAUGAUACGCAGAGGCUAACAGCUGUCCAAGAAUCAGCCGCAGCAACAGAAACAGGAGAAGAAAUCCACUACGGAGAGAUCGACUUCUCCAAGCAGAGGAAUAUAAGUCCCCCUGUCUCAGAGCAGGACGGUGGACAGACGGAGGACACGCUGUACGCUGAGGUCAAAGUGUCAGAGACAGCAAACAGACUAGAGGACCUCUACGCUCAAGUGAAAAGGAAAUGAAUGUAUAGACAAGUAUUUUUUUAGAUUUUUCAGGGUUUUUUUCUGCCACAAAAACCUUUUUGCUUCAAACCUUGAAGUUCUUUGCCAUAUAUUUAAAGUGUCAUAUUUCGAUUUUUUUAAAGUGCGCUUUUAUGUUAUUUAUUGCUUUAAUAAAAGGCCCUGCUAUGCAACAAACUGCAUUUUUUAACCCAACAUUUUACAUUUAGUAUUACUAAAAGAGUUCAAUUUAUUCAUAGAAAUAAACAAAGAAAGGGGAGUUGUAGGGCUACUUGAUCUCUGGCUGGACCUUUCAUAUCAAACUCAUCAGACUAUCAGAUAUAAAGUUAGACGAUGACGAAUAAAACAGGAAGUACAAAUAUCUUCAUUAUCUGGUUUACCAUAUGUUCCUUUCUCUCGAGAUAUGAUCGGAUAACUUGUGUAUAUUUUUGUGUAAAGAUCAUUUUACAAAAAUAAACUAACAAAUAUUACAUUUUUUGUUUUAGUUGACAUAAUACUUAAAACACUUCCCAACUGAUAUGGUGGAAAAACUGGAAAGUAGCAUUAUUUUACAUCAUAUUCUAUGUAUUUAUUUAUGAAGCAUGUAUAUAUUUAUUUAUCUUUUUUUGACAUAACUUUUAUCAGUUUUGAAAUUCACAUGAGUCUUUUUUCCAUGGAGGCUCUCACUAGUUUGACGUGGGUGUGGCUUAGGUUGGAAAAGAUGAUGUCACCUGUUUCUGUGCACCAAUCAAGAUUUAGCAUCGUAUUAAUCACCAUCUGAUGACAGCUGGGGGGAUCUUGAAGUUUUGACAGUGUUAAAAUAUUCAUUGAUUAUAGCUAAAUAUGUGUAUUGUUGCCUAUUUUAUAAUGAUACAGAGGAAGAUGCAAAGCUAUCAGGGGCUUCUAAGUUAAAGAGGUGCAAAUGUACAGUAUGCUACUUAAUAAAAAUGAAUCCAUCAAAUAAACACAAUUUACAAAAACAA